GUGUUAAAAACUUGAUGUGUUUACCUACACGCCAGCCUAAAACAAACUUUGAACGCACAACUUCAACCCAAGAAAGUAGUCAACCAAACCAGGGGAGCAGAACCGCGGAAACUUACACGGACAAGUCACAUAACAUCCGUAAUUGCCAUGGCAUUAUCACGGAGUUCUUUGCUUGGAAUAAAACAACUACAUAGCAAAAUAAGAUUUAUUACGGCUAUUUCCCUUUCUAGUUUCCACACCAAAAUUUUGACCUGCAAGAGCUAGUAAUCAAAUCCACAUUUGAAUUUCCGUUUGACCAAAAAAAAUUACAUUUGAAUAAGGGAUCAGUAGUUUUCAAGCAAAAUAUUACCUCCAGCACUUCACUGACUUAAGACUACUACACCAGGUUACCCAUACGUUAUCUUUCCAAUAAAUUAAGCUCAUUUUUCUUUUUUGGGUAAACGAAAUUUUAUUAAACUACAAAAUGAAUACAAUGGCCAAGGGGAAUAAAGCUCAAUUUUAUCACCAUAGCUUCUAAGAAAAAUAAGCCUCACUCAAAUGGCUCAACCAAGCACACUCCUUGUAUUAAUCUUCAUCUCCUUGAUCUCAUCUUCGUUUUGUUGUCCUGCUGAUCAAAAGCAAGCCCUUCUCCAAUUCAAAUCCUUCUUCUUCAACACCUCCAUAUCAAACUCCUCCUCAGACAGUUCCUUGUUUGGCUUGGACUCUUGGAACUCGACUAAUUUGGAUUGUUGCACUUGGGAUAGAGUUGUUUGUGAUUCAUCUUCAAGGGCUGUCAUUGCUCUCCAUCUUGAUUCCAUAAGUUCCCCUUUCUCUUUGGAGCCCAAGAUUUUGUCUAUUGAGGUCUUGACACCGCUCUUUCGUGUUACAACUCUGAUUCUGCUUGACAUUUCCUUCAAUUCCAUAACAGGAGAAAUUCUGGGUGACGGGUUUUCGAAUCUCACCAAACUAGUUCAUCUGGACAUGAAGCAGAAUAGCUUCCAUGGCUCAAUCCCCACGCAACUUUUUUCCUUGAGAUUUCUUGAGUACCUAGACUUGAGUGGAAAUUCACUCAGCGGGAUUCUAAGUCCCCAAGUGGGAUUUCUUGGAAACUUGAAGGAAUUGAAUUUGGAGGAGAAUUUCUUUCAUGGGAAAAUCCCAGAAGAGAUUGGGAAUCUCACCAAGUUGCAGCAAUUGUCUCUUCAACUGAAUGAUUUCCAUGGUGGAAUUCCUUCUUCCCUGCUAAAUCUGAAUGAACUUCAAGUACUAGACCUGACGAACAAUUCGCUCUCAAUGUCGAUUCCGCCCGAAAUUGGAAAUUUGACGAAAAUUUCCAUCUUGGCCUUCAGUAAGAAUAAUUUCACUAGCGGGAUUCCACCAUCAAUACAGAAUAUGAGCAACUUGGAAACACUUAAAUUGGACCACAACAUGCUCAGUGGAGAGAUUCCAUCAAGGUUGUUCACUAUCAGCAAACUGAGGAAUUUGUUUCUGGGAGGAAACAAUCUGAACUGGAAUAACAAUGCAAAAGUUGUGCCAAAGUGCAUGUUAUCUCAACUCUCUCUGCAGUCUUGUGGUCUUGCAGGUGAAAUCCCAGAAUGGAUAUCUACCCAAAAGAAUCUUGUUUUUCUUGAUCUAAGUGAAAACCAACUGGACGGGGUAUUUCCAAAUUGGCUUGCUGAAAUGGAAGUUGGAAGUAUCAUUCUGUCUGGCAACAAGCUAAGUGGUUUCAUCCCUCCUCGUCUUUUCCAAUCUCUGAAUUUAUCAGUCCUUAUGCUCUCAAGAAACAAUUUCUCAGGUCAAUUGCCCAGAAACAUCGGUGACGCUAACAGGAUCAUGAUCCUUAUGUUGUCCGCAAACAACUUGUCCGGGCCAAUUCCUGUUUCACUUUCGAAGAUUGAUAGUCUUAUUUUGUUGGACUUGUCUCGAAACAGAUUCUCUGGUAACACGUUCCCAGUUUUCAGCCCUGAUUCCUUGCUCGCUGUCGUUGAUUUCUCCUCCAACGAAUUCUCGGGUGGAAUUCCAUUGACUUUUUCUCAGGAAAUCAGAAUUCUUGGAUUAGGGAAAAACAAGUUCUCAGGUCCAUUGACUCAAAAUCUGACUUACUUGAGCAAACUUCAACUCCUUGAUCUCCACGACAAUAAAAUCACAGGUGAAAUGCCAGCAUUUCUGUCUGAAAUUUCCCCUCUCCAAGUUAUGAAUUUACGAAACAAUUCCUUUAUAGGUUCCAUCCCUAAAGAAUUUUCCAACCUCACUAGCCUCCGCAUUCUAGAUUUAUCAUGGAACAAUCUCACUGGAAAAAUCCCCAUAGAAGUGGGAAAUCUCCUUGGAAUGACUGAUACACCUGACAAACUCUCAUCCUUCUCCAACUUGUUCACCUUCUCAAUAGGGUUCAAUGACAUAUUUGUGAACUGGAAGAAAUCCAUCCAAGGUCUUCCGUGUCACACCCUUGAGUUUUACUCUUUCCUAGACUUGUCAAGGAACCAACUUUCGGGUGAAAUCCCAGCUUCAUUAGGUGGCCUCAAAGCCCUAAAACUACUAAAUGUCUCCAACAACAGACUUUCCGGCGAAAUACCAGAAAGUUUAGGUGAUUUGGAGAGCGUGGAAAGCUUGGACCUAUCGCACAACAAACUCUCUGGGACGAUUCCCCAAACAUUUAUAAAGCUUCAAGAACUGACUACCUUGGAUGUGAGCAACAAUGAGCUAGCGGGUGAAAUUCCGGUGGGAGGACAAAUGAACACGAUGAAUGAUCCAAAUGACUAUGCUAAUAACAGUGGGUUGUGUGGAAUGCAAAUUGGGGUGCAGUGCCCAGAGAAGCUGCCAUUGGUGAAACCACCACAGGAAGAUGAGAGCAAAGACGAGAAGGAAUCGUGGUUUUCUUGGGAAGGAGCUGCAGUUGGGUUUCCAUUGGGAUUCUUCUUAUCAAUAGCUAUCAUAUGGCUUACUGGCUAUCUGGUCCCUGCAAGACAGCCAAAUGGCCAGCUUCAGAAGAAGGACUUUGAAGGAGGGUUUGAUCCAAAAUUCAUAAAACGAGGUGAUCUGAAUCACCGCCCUGGUUUUUGACUUUGUUUUUGUCUUCAGUCCUUUUGUAAGAUGUAUAAGGAGAGCUAAAAUCGUGUGAGUGUGACAUGGCUUUCUGGCUAUCAGAUGUAUAAUACCAGUUGAAUAUAACUCCGAAAUUUCCUCUCUAA